CAUAAAGAUCACCACCUCCAUUCUCACGCACAAGGCCUCUCUCUCGCAGAUUAAGCCAGAGCGAGAGAGGAUGGACGACUCGUGGAGGUGCACGAUGGGCUCGGUGCUGCCGCGGCAGCGGUCGUCGUCGGACCAACACGCCGGCGGCGGCCACCACCAGAGCUUGGCGCCCGACGACUUCCGGGACGUGUACGGUGGGCCACCGCGCACCGUGCUCCUCCGCAGCUUCGCCGGCGAGGCGGCCGACUACCACUCCCCGACGGGACACCGGCACACGGGCUACGGCGGCGCCGAGGCCUUCUGUCGCCGCCCGCACGCCGACGGGCGCGCGGCGGCGGCGGCGGCGGCGGCCGUGCCCACGGAGCAGGGCUUCUUUGACGACAUCUUCGGCGCCCGUCGUCACAUGAGGUCCAGGUCCAGGUCCAAGUCCAAGUCAUCGUCGGCGGUCAGCUCCGACGAGUUCCCCUCCGCCGCCGGCUUCUGCCGGCCGGUGGCCACCGGCGGCAGCCGCGCUGACGCCACGCUCUCCUCGUUCACGUCUAGGCUCAGGCCGGUCACGAUCCCUUCGCGGCGGUACGACUCGUCGCCGCAGUCAUCGACGUCGACGAGAGGGACGGAGUACCAGAGCAGCUUCACGUGCUCGACGGCCGCGUACCCGGCGGCAGCUCGCUACUACUACGGCGGCGUCGCCAAGAACGCCGGCAGCAGGUCGACGUCGAACCACAGCAGAGCCGUCGGCGGUGGGUCGCCGUCGCCGGCGGCAACGCGCAACCACCGCGGGGGCAGCAGCUUCUGUUGCUUCAAGUCGAACCCGGAGACCAGCAGCGACGCGCCGAGCUUCCGGCAGGCGGCCGCACGCGGGGCGGCGUGGUCACCGGCCGCCGAGACCACCGUCACCGACGGCGAUUACGGUUACGGGUACUACCACUCGCCGCCAUCAGCCACGUCGUCGUCGUCGCUCUUCACCAACCCGCUGGCCAGGACGCCGCGGCGCCUGGAGGAUGUGGUGAGGGAGGUGCGGGAGCGGGCGCCGCUGCUGCUGAUGGACGACGACGACGGCGACAUCGACAGCGUCGGCGCCGCCGCGGUGGACGAGGCGAUUGCUUGGGCCAAAGAGAGAUUCUGGAGCGAGGCCCGUUAAACCGGACGAUCAGGAUAAACGUCAGCAGCGUUUAGAUCAUGAUGAUCGAUCCGUCAAUUCAUGGCGUGCGGCGUGCCUAUAU